AUGAACGUCGAAAGAGACCAACACAUAUCUCCACCGUGUCUCCUAACCAAGAAGAUCCCUAUCGUUGAUCUAAGCGAUCCAAGCGACGAGCUCGUGGCUCAUGCAGUGGUGAAAGCGAGCGAAGAGUGGGGGAUUUUUCAGUUGGUUAACCACGGCAUUCCUGCCGAAUUGAUGCGGCGGCUGCAAGAAGUGGGGAGGCAGUUUUUCGAGCUCCCGGCUUCCGAAAAAGAAUCUGUCACAAGGCCAGCCGACUCCCAAGACAUCGAAGGUUUCUUUUCCAAGGAUCCAAAAAAACUAAAGGCUUGGGACGAUCAUCUGAUUCACAAUAUCUGGCCACCAUCGUCCAUCAACUAUAGAUAUUGGCCUAACAAUCCUUCAGAUUACAGUGGUGAUGGUUUCAGGGAGGUGACUAAGGAGUACACAAGGAAUGUUACAAAUCUAACGGAGAAGAUUGUUGGUGGCGAUAAAGCACAGUAUGUGAUGAGGAUCAAUUACUAUCCGCCAUCGGAUUCAGCCAUCGGAGCACCGGCGCACACAGAUUUUUGUGGACUCGCACUUCUUGUCUCCAACGAGGUUCCAGGGCUUCAAGUGUUCAAGGAUGACCAUUGGUUCGACGUUGAGUAUAUCAACUCCGCUGUCAUUGUCCUCAUUGGGGAUCAGAUCAUGAGGAUGAGCAACGGGAAGUACAAGAACGUGCUACACAGAUCAAUAAUGGAUGCGAAAAAGACAAGAAUGUCGUGGCCGAUUUUGGUAGAGCCUAAGCGUGGUUUGGUCGUGGGACCUUUGCCUGAGCUCACGGGAGACGAGAAUCCUCCCAAGUUUGAGUCUUUAACUUUUGAAGACUAUGUAUACCGCAAGAUCAUAAAGGUUCUUCGUGAUUGA